GACCGAGUGGCAGAGAGAUUUGACAGACAAUUUCACCACCAUUUCAUUUUCACACUUUCUGUGUUCAUCAAUCCAAAUACAAUAAUUUCACACGUAUUCCACCAAUCAUUUCACCCUUUUUAAGAUUCCAUUCAAAUUGCCAUCACCCAUUGUUUUGUUUGCUCCCAAUCGGGAGCUUUAUACCAGCUCUCGAUUGAUCGAUCUCAUCUUCUUUACAUACAUUUUCUUGAAUUGUAAUUCAUAUUUGACAUGGAUAGGGCAGCCCAAUUGAAACGGGGGAUAUCCCGUCAAUUCUCAACCGGGUCCAUGAAGCAGCUGAGCGCAAAGUUCAGCUUCAAGCGCCAGAGUUCGAUGGACCCGCGAUCGAAUAACGCUCGGUUCAGGUUCGGGCGCCAAUCGUCGCUUGACCCGCUUCGUCGGUCGCCUCCAAAGGAUGAUCUUACGCUCCCUGGGAACCUGGAUUCCACUAUGCAAUUGUUGUUUGUUGCGUGUAAAGGUGAUGUUCAAGGUGUUAAGGAUUUGCUUGAUGAAGGGGUUGAUGUUAAUAGUAUUGAUCUUGAUGGGCGUACUGCUUUGCAUAUUGCUGCUUGUGAAGGCCAUGUUGAGGUUGUUCAGCUUUUGUUGACCCGGAAGGCUAAUAUUGAUGCUCGUGAUCGUUGGGGUAGCACGGCUGCUGCUGAUGCAAAGUACUAUGGAAAUGUAGAAACGUACAACAUAUUGAAGGCCCGUGGAGCCAAGAUCCCGAAAACUAGAAAGACGCCUAUGGCUGUUGCGAAUCCUCGAGAAGUUCCGGAGUACGAGCUCAAUCCUCUAGAGCUUCAGAUUCGCAAAAGUGACGGCAUCUCAAAGGGGACUUAUCAAAUUGCUAAAUGGAAUGGCACAAAAGUUUCGGUGAAGAUACUCGACAAAGAUAGCUAUUCGGAUCCUGAAAGCAUAAAUGCUUUCAAAUAUGAGUUGACGUUGAUGGAGAAGGUGCGCCAUCCUAACGUGGUUCAGUUUGUCGGAGCUGUCACCCAAAACGUACCCAUGAUGAUUGUUUCCGAGUACCACUCUGCAGGUGACCUUAGAGCCUAUCUUCAAAAGAAAGGACGCUUGUCGCCAUCCAAAGCUCUUAAAUUUGCUCUCGAUAUUGCCAGGGGAAUGAAUUAUCUUCAUGAAUGUAAACCCGACCCAAUUAUCCACUGCGAUUUAAGGCCAAAAAAUAUUUUGCUGGAUAGUGGGGGCCAGUUGAAGGUUGCAGGAUUCGGGUUAAUCAGACUGUCAAAGAUUUCACCCGAUAAAGCAAGAUUAGCGCGAUCUGUUAACAUUGAUCAAUCAAAUUUAUAUGUUGCACCGGAGAUUUAUAAAAAUGAGCUAUUCGAUAGAGGUGUGGAUGUGUACUCUUUUGGCCUUAUUUUGUACGAGAUGAUGGAGGGUGUCCAACCGUUUCAUCCCAAGGCUCCCGAAGAGGCUGUUAGGCUGAUGUGUGUAGAUCUCAAGAGACCCGCGUUCAAGACAAAAUCUAAAUAUUAUCCUCCAGACUUAAAAGAAUUGAUUGAGGAUUGUUGGUAUCCGGAUUUGGCGACAAGGCCAAAAUUUUCAGAGAUCAUCAUUCGACUCGACAAAAUUGUUGGAAACUGCACGAAACAAGGAUGGUGGAAAGACGCGUUUAAGCUCCCAUGGAAAUAAAUAUGGUUGGUUAUGAAUGGCAUGAAUGUUGAAGAAGAUGAAGUGGUUGAGGUGGUCUAGCUUGUAUGGGAGUAGUGAGGGGCUAAUUUGUAAUUUUCAAGAGUUGCAAAAGCUGCAUCAUAAAGUGGAAUCUUGUUUUUUCUUAAGUUUUGUGAAAAUUGUUUUCGUGUAUUUAAAGUUGAAACUACUUGUGAUAUAUUAUAGAUCAUUUUAAUGUCUUUUUUUACUA